UUCAGUGGCUGCCCAGUUGAUCCGUUCACUCUAUUGUCUCGGAAUUAAGUCGUGUCACAGAUCAUGGCUCCCUGGCCGGAGGUAGAAAAGCCUGAAACCAAUAACUAUAUUGGGGACUCUUCCAAACAAAACCAGAACAUGGCUGGGAAAGAAGGAGAAAAUCACAAAGGCAACGUGGCUUCACUUGGAAAUAAAGGGGAAAUUCAACCUGCAUUUUCCACAGUAGCUUUGAUAGAUGAGACAAGGCCAGAAGAAGAAGACCCGUGGGCUCUGCCAGAACUGCAGGACACUGGGAUCAAGUGGUCAGAUCUGGAUACAAAAGGAAAAGUCAUUCGUGUACUCUAUGGGAUAGGGAAGUUCAUUAUGCUACUUGGAUUACUCUACAUGUUUGUGUGCUCUCUGGAUGUACUGAGCUCUGCUUUUCAACUGGUAGGAGGUAAAGCAGCAGGGGACAUAUUUAAAGAUGAUUCAGUGCUCUCGAAUCCUGUUGCGGGACUGGUGAUCGGAGUUCUGGUGACUGUGAUGGUCCAGAGUUCCAGCACCUCUUCAUCCAUCAUAGUCAGCAUGGUGUCCUCCACAUUGCUGACUGUUAGAGCAGCUAUUCCUAUCAUCAUGGGAGCAAACAUUGGCACCUCAGUUACAAACACAAUUGUGGCACUUAUGCAAGCUGGGGACAGGAAUGAAUUUAGAAGGGCCUUUGCUGGGGCAACAAUCCAUGAUUUCUUUAACUGGCUGGCUGUGUUUGCACUGUUACCCAUUGAAGUCAUUACUGGCUAUCUCUACCAUCUCACCAAUGUUAUAGUUGACUCCUUUCACCUUGAAAGUGGUGAGGAUGCUCCAGAGCUACUAAAAGUUAUCACAGACCCCUUUACAAAGCUCAUCAUUGAGCUUGAUAAAUCAGUAAUAAAUGCAAUUGCCACUAAUGAUGAAUCAGCAAAAAACAAAAGCCUGGUAAAGAUCUGGUGUGUCACUGAAACCAAUGUGACGCUGCAGAAUGUCACAAUUCCACCUUCCGAAAACUGCACAUCUCCUGACUUCUGCUGGACUGCAGGAAAUGUGACAUGGACCCUCAAGAAUAUAACUGAAACAGACUAUAUCAGUAAAUGCCAACACAUCUUUGUAAACUCAGACCUGCCUGAUCUUGGUAUCGGGCUCAUCCUUCUGGCUUUGUCCCUGCUUGUUCUCUGCUCCUGUUUGAUAAUGAUCGUUAAGCUGUUAAACUCUGUGCUUAAGGGACAAGUGGCCAGCGUUAUCAAGAAGACAAUCAACACUGAUUUUCCAUUUCCUUUUACUUGGCUCGCUGGAUACCUGGCUAUGCUCGCAGGGGCUGGUAUGACCUUCGUUGUCCAAAGCAGUUCUGUUUUCACAUCUGCUAUUACCCCCCUUGUUGGCAUUGGCGUCAUAAGCAUUGAGCGCUCUUACCCCCUCACCUUGGGAGCCAACAUUGGCACAACCACAACAGCUAUACUUGCAGCUUUGGCAAGUCCUGGGAGUACAUUAAAAUAUUCAUUACAGAUUGCCUUGUGCCACUUUUUCUUCAAUGUCUCUGGGAUUAUUCUGUUUUAUCCGAUACCUUAUACCCGCCUGCCAAUCCGCAUGAGCAAGACCUUGGGAAAUAUAACAGCCCAGUACAGAUGGUUUGCUAUAUUUUAUCUUCUCCUCUGUUUCUUUCUGUUGCCUUUGUUUGUAUUUGCUUUGUCACUGGCAGGCUGGGGAGUCCUUUUGGGUGUUUGCCUUCCCCUGUUUCUUCUUUUUAUUGCUGUGGUUGUAAUUAAUGUUAUGCAGAAAAGGCGACCUCAUUCACUGCCUGAGAAGCUCCAAAACUGGGAUUUCCUACCUGUGUGGAUGCACUCCCUAGAGCCCUGGGACAAUAUACUUAUGGCUUCCCUUGCUUUUUGUGGGAAACACUGCUGUGGCUUCUGCAAGUGUUGCAAAGUCAAUGCUGAACAGGAGGGUGCCAAAGACAAGCAGCUAAAAACGAUGGAAGUUUAUGAAAACACCAUGGCAAUGGCUGAUGAUGAAAGAGGUGGAAGAAGGGCACCAGCAGUAGCUUGUGUUGACAAAACAGGCACAAACAACACAGCCUUAUAG